UCUUAUGAUUAUGAUUAAAAUUUAUUUGCAUAAAGAUUAUAUUGUUAAACUGGUCAUAUUCUGAUGUUUCAACAUGAAAGUGAAUCCGAUCGGUAUUUUAUUACUUAUUGUUAUUCCGGCAUUAACUGACAAAAAUAAUAUUAUGAAGAAUUCGAAAAUAAAGUCCUGGAUCUCAACCGAAAAUUUUACGACAAUAGUAAAGAAGUCCUUUGUUUACUCCACAUGUUGCAAUAUUUUUUUAAGUGGUUAGUACGUGUGUAUAUGUACACUUGAAUAUGUACUUUAGAAAAAAAAAAUAAUGCGUAAUAAAUUUUUUUUCAGAAUCAAUUAACGAUGUUGAGAUAUUAUUCCAUCAAUUUAUAGAUGUAUAUCCGUAUGAAUAUCUUCUGCGCAAAAGAAUCCACGAUUGUCAAGGAUAUUUUUUACUUGGGCCGACGGAUAAAGAAAUAGAAAUAGCUAUGCGAGUGGUACCUUCCACUAUCUCAACAACCGAAAUUCUUGUUAUCGUUGAUGGUGAAUUGAAAAAUACUUCAAAACUGUUUAAUGUAUCUUUAUAUGGAAAUUCCAAUGCAAAUGUUAUAUCAAGAUCUGGAAUUUGGACUUUAUCAGAAAAUUAUCUGGAACCUAGAUUUUUUUAAAAGUAGACAGGUAAUUACGAAGAACUGAUGUCCGAAUUCGAUAUAGUUAAUAUGAAGGGUAGAGAACUGCGAAUAUGUACUUUUUAUCAGCCACCUUUUUCUUAUCUCAACAAAACAAUCAAGAAAAUAAUUAAUGGUGUUGAAGAAGACGUCUUUUUAGCAGAUAACGAUGAAGAAAAGGAUGGAAUAGAAGUGAAAAUGUUUCUAAUUAUAGCGGAGAAAUUAAAUUUCACUUGGGUAAUACGAAAACCGGAAGGAAAUUACAAAUACGGUCGACGCGUAAAUGGUACAGAAUGGAAUGGCGGCAUCAUUCAACUUGUACGGGAGAAAAAGAUUGAUCUAGCAUUCGGGAGUGUCUGGUUAACGCAAAAUCACAACGAAUUCGUAAAUAUGUCCUCACCAUCGAUUCAAAUGUUUAUGCAUUUUUUGGUACCGCGUCCGCGACCGAUCACCAAUUUCUGGGCUCUCACGAGACCUUUCUCAGUAGAAUGUUGGAUACUUGUGAUAACUAUGUUGUUUGUUAAGAGCAUGUAUAUGUUCACACGCGCCAGGAUCGAUCCAAAAUUUCCGAAACGUUUUCGGAGUGCUUUUUGCACAAUCACGGAAUUGAUGGGACGUUUAUUGGGCACGUGGGUGCCCAGAAACACCGCCAACGCUAGGUUUGAAUUACAUUUAUGGCAAACUACGAGCUUUCUAUUAAACCAAUUCAUUGUUUAUAGAAUCGAUACGAUACCUCAAUUACUCAAAACUAAUUUAUCAUGGGGUCAUGUAGGACCAGUGCCAUAUUUUCCUGAUUAUUUCGACAUGGACGAUCCUUAUACGAGUCAAUUGCCAUCGAGAUACAUAACUGUGAACGAUAAUGAGGAAUAUAUACGUACAUUAAUAAAAAAUCAUGAAUUUGCGGUUUUCGGAAAAGUCAUAGACGCAAUCUUCUUUCCUGAAGAUGAUAUCUUUAAGGAUGAUGUUAAAGGCUACAGAGUCAUGAAAGAAAAAGUGGCCAAUUAUUAUUCGUCCUUUGCGGUUCAACCGUGGCUGUUGCGACCUGUUAACACGAUAAUGCUAUGGUUGAAGGAAUCUGGCAUCGCUCGCUUUCAUCUCAGUGACGUCAUUCAUCGACGAGCCAGUUCUACUCUUCACGAAGUUGUUAAAGAAUACGAUGAUUUCGAUGGAAAUGCUAGAGUUCUCAAAUUAACACCAUUAGGCGCUGGAUUUACAGCGCUCAUCGUAGGUCUUUUAGCAUCCACAAUGAUAUUUUUCUAUGAAUUGAAACAAGCCGCUAAUUCGCGAUCAAUUCGCGAAGUAUUUCGAGAUAUCCAAAAGAAACGAGAAGCAUAUAAGUCGAUUUGAAAGAAAAAAAUAUCAAAAAGGAACUGAACCAUUAAAUCACAAUUCAAACGAUGCCGAUUUCUUAAUAAUUGAAUCUGUUGAACAUUUCGCAAAUAUAGAAUAUGCACAGAAAUUUAAAGACAAGAUUUCUAGCUAAUAAUUUAUACGUAUUUAUAAGUAAAUAUUUAUAAAA